CGUUCGGGUGAGAUUGAUACGGUAUCGCGUGGUGCCUGAAAUUGCCCCCGACAAGUUAGUUAACGAAGUUAUCGCCACGAUUAGCAUACGUACUUGUUAGCGUUUAAUGCGGGAGGACCUUGAUGAAGCCAGGCUCUAAGCGUCGCGGAUAAUUCGUAGACUCGAUUGGAGGAGAUACUACGAGAUUCAGAGAUCCGACGUAGAGGGAGGGACAGACGGCUAAAGAGAGAAACAAGCCGUGAAGAGAAGUAAAGAAGGACAGAAAGGUCAGCAGUCGGGUGGAAGAGUAAGGAGAGCGAGUGCGUGACGGACAGACAACGCGACAAAGAGAAUGAUUCAUAACGAGAGAAAGAGAAAGAGAGACGGGAGGAGGGAGAGGAGCACGCGGGAGAAGUGGGAGGAGAGCGAGAGAGGAAUGAAUGAAAGAGGAGGACAGCGAAUGGAGCAUGGACUGCAACGAAGUAUCGUUAACCGGCGGACACACAAGAGAGCCCGUUCUCCAGACCCCGCUGGUAAUCACACGAGUCGGCGACUGUUAGUAUUGUGCCCGAGCUCGAAUGCGAGCGGACUCGUCGCGAGUUCGCGCCGACGACGUAACAAAAACAAAGCGACGCUGUGACCUCCGCGUCGUACCGAUUCGUGUGUUCUGUUCUCCAAGAUCCAAGAUUGAACCACGUGCGUGCUGCAUGUCGUAAUCAUCGUUGUUGCCUAGACGAAGUUUCUUUUUUCUAGCAGUCCGCUAGGAGGGAUUCGGAAUAAUCCAGAAAAUUAACUCACGAGAUAUACGUUUCUGGGAGGAACAGUUUGUACGAGGAGAGCGAAGUCUACGAUAAACACUACGAUUCAUAUCGACGUGGUGACUCUUGGAGUGUCCGUAGAUCACUGCAACUGCGACUCAACUGUGACUACUGCGAAUGCUCAUUGGAACCUUGAAGCGGAGCGGGUUCGCUUCAAGUAACACGGUCUAUCUUCGGACAGUUGUGUUGAUAGUGCAUCGAUCGUAACCCAAAGGUUACGUGAGUUCGAACGACGAGGAUAAGCACAUGUUAUACGCGAGUUGUAUUCGUUUUGAAAAAUCUGGAAAUACGUGUAGCUUUAAGAACGCACAGAAAUUGCACUAAUAUCUGUUUCCGCGAAGAGAAGCCUAAGCAGGAAAGUCGGAGCGAGUUUCAUGAAUAAUUGAAGAACGGAGAAUAUAGGAUUAUCAUAAUGCGUGAAUGACGCCGAGGAAAAUCUUCAUCAAGCUGGCGCGUGUUCAGAAACGGUAGGCUUGUCAAAGGGCGAUCAGAAGGAGGACGAGCACGAUCGUUUGGAGAAGUCAGUCGCUCCAGUUAGUUUAGAGAUGGGUUGCUGCGGUUGUGCGGACGAGCCUUCGUCCAAAGUGGAGCCUUCGCCCAAAAUGGAGCUUUCGUCCACAGUGGAACCUACGGAUCCCACGGAUCCCACGACACCUGAUAGUCAUCAAAACUCGCCAUCGAAUUAUUCAGAACAGGUAUUCGUGGAGAACCGAUCAUGUACCGAUUUUUUUGCUAUAAUCAUCCUACUCAUACUGGCGGGUGGUUUUGUCUUUAUGAUGACGAAUGUGGUGAAGAAAGGUGACAUUUUCCGCGCGAUAAAUGGAUACGAUAAUUGCGGAAAUGUUUGUGGUCGUGUAACCUCGUACGAAAAUGAUCCAAAAUUCAAGUGUAAGGGUGGUGAUUACACCAAUAAACCAUAUCUCGAGAUUGAUUUGGAAGUGACUGGAGUGAAAAAACGUACAUGCAAGACGAGCUGUGAACAGGACAAGACUAAAAUAAUAUUCCUGAAUCGCUGUAUGAAUAAGAAAGCGACAGAAACUAUCAGCUCCAUAAUAAGGACCCUUCGGUUAGAAAGUAUUUACAAUGACGCAGUUACUGAUCUGGGAAUCGCAUGGCGUGAAUUGAUUUACCUUUUGCUUAUAGCUUUAGGACUUUCUCUCGGUAUCCUGGUAGCCUUCCGGUAUAUGGUACAAUAUGUCAUUUAUGUCGUAUUGAUCGGCGCAGUUUUGGCUUGCAUCGGUGGCACAACAUAUCUCUGGUUAGCGUGGUACCGUGAAAAAAAGAGCGUGGAAAGAGGCGAAGUCUAUCCGGAGGAUUCCAGCGUGGAACCCUACUUUAUCUACGCUAUUAUUAUGUCUGUUAUUUCUGUGAUUGUUCUUCUAGUGAUUCUAGUGAUGAGAAAAAGAAUUGAACUGGUCAUGCAGCUUUUCCGAGAGGCGGGUAAAGCUGUGUAUUCAAUGCCGGCGCUGCUAUUUCAGCCGAUUUACACCUAUCUACUGAUCGGGUCUACAGUAAUAGCAUGGGUCUACUGUAUGCUAUGGAUAGAGAGUGCCGGUGAUAUUUACUUGAACAGGAAAAAUCACAUUCAUUUCAAGAAAGAUGCAUUGCUUAUUGCAACAAGAUGGUACAAUCUAUUUUUAUUCUUCGUGGCGUGUGAAUUCUAUUUGGGUUGCCAGCAUAUGGUUGUUGCUUGCGCUGUUGCCCGAUGGUUCUUUACAAGGGAUAAAAGGCGUCUCUCUUUACCAGUGGCAAAAGGCUUCGGAUAUCUUAUAAGAUAUCACUUGGGUACGGUGGCUUUUGGUGCUUUAAUAAUAGGUAUUGUUAGAAUUAUCAGAGCCAUGAUAGCUUUUGUCCAAAAGUAUUUGAAACGAUAUGAUAACUCAUGCGUGAAAGGAAUUCUAUGGUGUUGCCAAUGUUGUCUUUGGUGUUUCGAGUGCGUUUUAAAAUUUCUCUCCAGAAAUGCUUACAUCGAAACAGCCAUAUACGGAUGCAACUUUUGCACCGCUGGAAGAAAGGCGUUCCAAGCCUUGUCAAGCAACAUUUUACGAGUAGCGGCGAUUAACAGCGUCGGCGACUUCGUCCUUUUUUUGGGUAAAAUCCUCGUUGUCACUCUUACGAUCGUUUCGGGGAUAUACUUGAUGCAGGUACAGAAAAAGGAGGGGCUUAAUCAUCCUUGGAUACCAAUCACUCUCGCGGGGAUAUUCGCAUUCCUGGUUUCACAUUGUUUUAUAUCAAUUUAUGAGAUGAUUAUUGACACAAUAUUUAUAUGCUUCUGCGAGGAUUGCGAGAAGAAUGACGGCAUCAACCGACCUUAUUUUAUGAGCCGUGGUUUGAUGGAAUUCGUAGAGAACAGCAAAAAAGCUUUAAAGCAUCUGGAACAACAAGGUGCUGCAACUACAUAACAAGCGUUAAGAAUAGAUUUUUAAAAAAAUAUAUUAUAGUUUUAAAAAUUCGAUGUUCGGCCAGUGCACAAGCGAUAAACAAUGUAUGUUGGAAUUUUUCAUACAAUGUUAACAGAUAUUGUAAUUAUUUAGUUCGUGAAUUAAGUUUGGACAGGUCUGUUGUAAUAUAUGGAUUUUUGAGAAAUAAUUGCAAGAUGUAUAGAAAUAGCUGCCUUUCGUAUACGCAUAAAUGCCUUCUUUUAGCAUACAAUACAGUUAUUGAAGUUCUAUACCAAGCGUGGUGCACACAAUCGGUUGCUUCGAUCGAUGGACUGACUACGUUAUGAGGAAUGUUACGAAUCAUUCUAUUUUCGAAGUUCCUAUUUCUAAAAAUAUUUUUAUAUAACAAGAUAGUUUUUUUUCUAUAUAAACUUAGACGCGACGUUCGCACAAUUGCGAAUACGCCGAUUUGGCAGCCUGAACUUAGACACGUACUCUUUGUAUGAUUAGCGAACAAGUUAAUUUAUAAGAUCUCUGUGUUCUAGAAUCUACAGUAUAAGUUUACAUAUUGUUAUAUUGUUACAUAUGUAUUCGUCCUUUAUAUUUU